AUGGAAAAUCAAGACAUUCUCCGACGCAUAAUAAUCGCUAUUCGUGGAUAUUUUAUCCUUGAACGCGCCCAUCAAAAUGGGAUGCCCGAGAACAGACGUGCCGAGGAAAUUCGCCGCAUGCACGCACACUUGCAGCAAAUAAUCGCCGAGAGCUCCAAUUACAAUUACAAUCCCAAUAGUAGGCUGAGUGCCUAUCUUCAGUAUGCAAUGCAGAUUGUCGAACGUCUGAGCAAUGAGCUAGCCACCUAUGACGAAAACAACAGAACUGGAAUUUAA